CGCCGACCUUCGAUCAGAUAGAUCUCUGCGUAACCAACCAUUCCGUUGUCAAAAUUUUCGGAGUUAUUGAUAUGUCAAAAAUGUCAGUUUAUUUUACAAAUGGGUCAGCAGACUUUCUAUCUUAUCUGAAUGGAUUAGUGUUGUAAACAUAAAAUAAAUACGUAGUUGUCUCAUGUGAUGUGAAUGGCGAAUACUUACGAGCAAAAUAACUUCAAAAAUAUGGCGGAGGCGGUAGCUUUUCAAGAGCAGCAAGAUUGUACUACAUCUACCGUCACUGUGGUGGAGACUGAGGAACAGGUACAACAAGUACCGAGAGUGACCCUCAAAUUAAGAAAGCCUAGGACUGACAGAAAAGUCCAGUGGAGUACCGAAACUGUUGAUAAUGAACAUUUGAAUAAAAAAAAAUCAAAAUGUUGUUGUAUAUUUGAAAAGCCUCGGAAAUUUGGGGAGAGCUCGUCGGACGAAUCCGAAGACGAGUGUGACCACUGUCACGGGCACGUAGAAAGGAAGAAAAGGGACCGGCAGCCCCCCGGUUCUGAUUGUUCAGACGGAGGCGGUUCGGCUACCGUACACCCCGAUUCCAGUCAAACCAUCACUAUCGAUAAUUAGAUAUUUGUUCUCUGAUACAUAUAAAAACCCAAUUCCUACUCAUGAUUGAUUUAUAGAGGGGGCUACCAACAACUUGUCUUUUUUAUUUACUUGAAAUUCGAAAGAAUCUGUUAACUGAUUUUUUUGCUGUUAGAAUUUCUCACAUUCGAAUCAAUUUUAAGUACAUAUUUGUAAUAAAUUAUUAAUUUAGUCUUUUCUGCUGCAGGACUGAUAAAAUUCA